CUCGGGGCGCCACUGGUUCAUUCCGCCAUUGGCAGUCGCCGCGUACGGACGUUUAUGCGACGCGCGCGCGGUCACCGUUCUCUCUCAAUCUCUCUCCCUCGCACCACUUACGGUCCCAUGAGUUUUUUCUUAUUCACACUCGUUUUCCGGUAUCGUUACAAACAAUACACAAGAAAUAAAAACAAAAGGUAUUUUGUGCGCGUCCCAACUCGGUUGUAAAGAGCUUUAAACGUGAACGUUCGAGUAUUGUUUUUUUGUUUAAACAAGUGACUAAUAAUACGACAAUUAAUGAAGGAACAUACGAAAACAAACAAAUAUUUGGUGGAUUUACGAGAUCGCGACAACGUGCUACGACUAAGUGAGUUUUCGAGCAAUUAAGAUUUUGUGUCCCUCUUAUCAUUACCGCCCCCCUUCAACGGGCAUUCCUUUCGUGUUUUAUGUCGCUUUUCUUUUCCUCCUUUUUCUCUUUCUCUGCUCGUGCGAAGAAUUGAAACUUGUGACCGAAGCUCCGCGCGUCCCUGACGAAAACGAGACAUCGCUUUUCGCUCGCGAGGACGUUUCUCUUCAUUGUCGCGUGUGUCUUUUGUUUUCCAUGACCAACUAUCAACAAUUCUAGAGUUUUAUUUCUUCGCUGAACGAGAAAGUUCGUUUUAAAUUCGCGCUCGGACUCCUCGAGACGCCAAGUGUGUGUAAAGUGGCUAUUCCUCGGAGCAACAACCGUAAUAUUUUAAUAACGUGACGAAAAAGUGACCGGAAGGUGCAAAUGCGAGAGGAUUAUUCAUCACAAGUGCGGGAAUACUCGACGGGAGGUUCGCCAUUAAAAGAUAAAUCGCCCGAUGCUGCUUGUGGUGUUUGAAAUAAGUGAAUGUUGAUUUAAAAGAUAAGGAAAAAAGUCAUUCGAAUAAAGCAAGAAAUCGUGCUUGUUUCCGUUUUUGUUUUUCAAAGUCAAUGAUCUAUUUACGUUUGGGUAUUUCAAUGUUUUUAAAUAUUAUCAGCGAGAGGUGCAAACGGUGAAUAAACUUAGUGUCAAGUUCGAAGAAUAACGGAAUUAACAAUAACUAAGCGUAACUCCGGAGAAAUACAAGACGCGCUGCUACGAGGAUUCGAGCACGCCAUUUCCUGGUCAGGGGAACGAGGAAUUCGUGGUGUGAUGGGGUUACGUGGUGUCAGGAUCCACUAUGAGCUAAGGCUACGUAACUAAUUGAGACUGGCAUGGAGAAGGAGAACUCCGCGUCGAGCGGAGGUGGUGGUGGCGAGAACACGGCUACGGUGACGGGAGGAGGAGCCACCUCCGCCUCCGAAAAACUUCAAGCCGACCAGGCGAACCCUCUUCUCGACCCCAGCGCCCUUUUUGGUGCUUAUUGGCCAAGAGGUGACAGUGCAGCGUCCUCUAUUUUCGGUGGCAUGCCAGGAGGUUAUGGCCUCAGUGCUCAUCACUUGCCCUCAGCGUAUGCGAUAUUGGGCCGGGGAGGUACGGCGCCGGGUUUUGGUGGUCACACACCAACUUCUGCACCACCACCACCCCCACCAUACACCCAUGGGAGCCUCGGCACUCUCAGUGUUGCUGCCAGUCAAGCUGCUAGUUUAGGAAUAAAUCCGGCCAGUGCAGCAUGGUGGACAAUGGCCUCGCAUUUAGCUGCCCAGGACUAUCUCGCGAGGAUACAGGGGGCUGCUGGAUUGCCGGGCUUUCCGCCUGGUGCCGAAAGCCUUUUACCACCCUAUCCCGCUUCGUUACUUAAUCCACCGUCCCAUUCGUCCCACAAGUCCAGUAAGUCUAAGUCAAGCAAAAGUCAUAAGACGUCAGCGAGCAGUAGUAAUUCGGGACCCCCGAGUAGUCACACAGGGAGUUUGGCCGUCAGUCAAGCCCCCAUCACAUCGUCAACUCAUCACAGUACCUCGGCGAGUAGCAGUUGCAACACGCCAACCUCACAAUCGCAAAAUGUCGUCAGCACCAGCCCUCCUAAGGAAGGAAGUGAUCCGAGCAGCAUAUUGGGCGGCGUACGCUUGCCACCGGACACGGAAAUAAUUAAGUACACCUCGAGCAUAGUAGGACCGAAAAUCCCCGGGACAACAAAUCGUGGGCGUAAAAAAACGAUAUCGUUGGAUUCGCCGAACGUGAGUGUCCACGCGCCGCCGAUACAGACGAUGAGCGCGCACCAGACAAACACCACAACGACCUCGAUGAUGAUCGAGCCGAGAAAGUACAAUCGUACUUCCGGUUUGCAGAGCGAGGUUAACGAUUACAGGGAAUCGAUCGAUCGCGUUGAGGUCAUCAAAUUGCCUGCCCAUUCUACUAAUGGCUCUGUACUUUCGGCACCGCCAAUUUACACUACUUGCAACACUACCAACGCCAAUAUCAAUGCCAAUGACUCCGACGCCCCACUCAAUUUGUCCCUUAAGCCGGCGUCUACCAGCAGCAAUUCGCCCAUUCCUGGCAGUCAGCCUCUCAGCCAACUGAGCAAUCUCAGCCACUCUUUACUCGCUUCCGACAGAACUUCCCGAAGAAAACCUGGUCCAAAACCGAGAAGAGUUCCCCAAAAUUCGGUCGCUGUGCCAGCCUCGCCGAGUCCCUCGCUCGCACAGCUUUUCGCUGCGGCCGAUUCGCCCCAAAGGCCGAGCAGCGGAAGCGAGGAGAGCGAGAGCACGACCACCCAUCACAAAGAUGGCAGACCGAGAAAUCUCGGUCGCGGGGUCUCGAAACCCAAGAAAAAUACUGUCGCCUCGCUGCUCGCCCAGAGCAGGGCUCUCGGCAUAAAACCAACACCGACACUCGAUCCUAACGCCCCCUUGUCUCAUCAAGUAUCUUUACUGAGAUCGAACAUACUCGCCGCCCAACUCCACGCCUCAGCGACCGGCCAAAUCGAUGAAAAGAACCAGCGCUCGUUGCAGGAGAAAAUGAAGAAUAAACUGUUGGAGGCUUCCGGCGAGGAGAGCAACAUGGACGUGACGAGCGAAAGCGGAAGCAACACGGACGUCGUGACCGACACCGACGAGGACAACGCCGAGGGCACGCCCAGCGCGAAAAGAAGAAAACUUAAUCCCAGCGAAAAAGACCUUCAGGUGCCCUUGGAACGGGGAUGGAAAAGAGAGACCGUUAUUAAGGGGCUUGGAAAAACAGGUGUCAUUAAAGGCGACGUUUCCUAUUACAGUCCUUGCGGCAAAACUUUCAGAAGCAGUCCUGACCUUUUGAAGUUUCUCGAGCAACAAAAUCCAGCGGAGUUGACAACCGCCAAUUUUUCCUUCUCCUCGAGAUCGUUAGUGGGCGAAUUCCUUCAGCCAACGAUGGGCUUCGCUGAGGCUGAAUUCGUCAGGCUCGGAUCUCAGGAAGUUGCGAGAAGGCUCGACGAGCUCAGAGCAGCCGGCGGCUUCAGGGACGCCAGGCCCAACAAUCAAUACGAGAGAGACAAACUCGCUUAUGCGAAAAAACUUGCCAAGGAAGAAGCUCAGAGACACAAAGAACAAGCGAGAUUAAUAAAGGAGCAAGAAAAGACGGAGCGUCAGGAGGCGGUGAGGAGAGAACGUGAGUUGAGAAAUCAGCAGCUUCUCGAGGGUCGAAAGAGGCUGGCAUUCACGAUCAAGCAGAAGAUGAAGAUUAUUCAGGAGAUCGAGAGAGGCAAGAGCAAGAGCGACGUUGCCCGGGAGUUGGGCUUGGCGAGCAGCACAGUUGCGACCAUCUGGAAGAACCGCGUGAGCAUCGCCGAGAGCUGGAGGAACCGGGACAUCAUGCAAACACCGGAAAGUAUGGGGGCGCCGGAAGCCGGCGGAGAGGUACCAGGAGCAGCGAUCCCUGGACAGCAAAACGUGAAAAAAUCGAGUCUCCCGACGGGCCUGCCGGUCAACGCGAUCGGUACGAACGUCGCCCCGAGCCUGGUCCCGCCGAUCGUCCCACUAGUCACGCCCACCAUCGUCACGAUCACUUUGCCCACGCCGCCGUCGGCCUCGCCACCCUCCAAUGUCGCUAAUUCCUCCGGCGGAACCGCCGGCCAAAUAUCGAGUUCCGGGCCGAAGCCAAACUCCAACCUUCCGGUCGACGCUUCCGUCAACGCGAACGCCGUCGCCGUCGCCGUCGCCGCCAACCCUCCGAUCAACCUCGCCAAUAUCAACGCUAUUUUACCCAGCCAAGAACAAGAACAACUUCUCGUGGAGAACAACAUCCAGCAGGCUCAGACCCAAACGCAAAAUCAGGAACUGCUGGAGGCUCGGAAAAAACGACAAGAGGAGGUCGAGAAAAUCCGGAUGGAGGAACAACAACGAAAGCAACAGGAACGAGAACUGAAGAGACAGCAAGCAGUUAUGUUGAAAGAGCAGAUGUACAUGCAGGAGCUCAGCAAGCAGCGCGAGAUGCUCUACACCGUCGAGCUGGAACGCGAACGAAGGCGACAACACAUGGCGCUCGUACGAGCUCUCGAAAAUCGUCGUAAAAUGGAGGAACGAGAACGAAAACGACUGGAAGCUCGCGCCGAAAGAAUUGCCAAUAAAGAGAAACGCGCCGAACAACGAAAAAUGGAACUCGAACUCGUCGAACAGAUCAGAAAACCCGUCGAAGACAUGGAACUCACAGAUCACCGACCUCUUCCGAAAAUCAAACGUUUGCCGGGACUCAAACUCUCCGGACAAGCCUUCUCGGACAUCGUCAUGGUUUUCGAAUUUUUACACAAUUUUGGAGAAACCCUCGGCUUCGAUAUGGAAUCACUGCCAAGCCUGAAAAGUCUUCAGCUCGCGUUGUUGAACGACGAGGAAGCGGAGGAAGAAAUGCUGUCCGUGAUGACGCAUCUCCUGGUGUGCGCGAUCGAAGAUCCAGGAAUUCCUCAGCCGGCGCGUCACACGACAGGACUCGGUCAAAGUUUGCGUCAAGCUGACAUAACGCACGCGAACAUCAGCGAAGUCUUGCGUAUUUAUCUGUACGCGAAUGCGACCGGGGAAGUAAAGGCUCUCACUGGAGUUUGCCUCGAGCGCGAACGCGACAAAAGAUUUGCUGAUCAUCACCAAAACGGUGGGGAUUAUCAGUCCACCGGAUCCGGCAAAAACGCCCAGUUUUAUGAGCACCUUCACAACAACGAGACUUGGAAAAUGUCCGAAAGACUUCGCGACAAACCUUUCCUCGCUCUCAAUCCCACUCAUAAAGCACAAAUGCUCGCUUUCCUUUGCAACGAGCUUUUGCAAAACAAAGCUGUCAUACGACAGAUCGAAGGGAGCCUUGAGAACGUUGCACAAUUGAAAAAGGAACGAUUUAUUCUCGACAUGAAAAUUCGAAAGCUGCGCCAAUUACACAGCCGGAAAGUGAGAAUGGAGGCGGUUGGAGUAAUCAUUAACAAAACUGGGGACACGAUAACGAUCGACAAGAAGGAAGGUGAGGAAGGAAGCGAAGGAACGAACGCAGCACCAACAGCGACAGUCGGCACGACCCCGACACCCGACGAAUCGAAUACUCACGACGAAACUCACGACGAGACUGAAGACAUGUCCGAAAACGAGAGCGAGGGCACGCAACCCGAAGAGGAGGAAGAUAAAAAUUUGUCGGGCGAGGAAUUGGGCAAAAAGUUGGACAAGUUGUUGAAGCAGUCGGAAGAACAAUUGCAAAAACUUAAUCAGUCGUCAAAGUCAUUGAGGGCGCACGUUUUCGGUCAAGAUCGCUAUUGGCGUCGUUAUUGGGAGUUGCCAUGUGCGGGAGGAAUAUUUAUCGAGGCGAUGGAGAGCGCAGAGCCGGAAAUUCUCGCUCUGCAAGCGGAGUUGGAUGAGAAGUGGAAGGGUCGAGAGAUUGAAAAAGAGACGGAGAAUGCGGAGAUGAUAAAAGCCGAGGAUAAAGUGGAGAACAAAAUCGACACUGAGAAUCGCGAGAACGAAGCUCCCAACGAAGUCAAACAGUCCAAUAAAUUCAACGAGAAAGAAAAUACUGACGAAGUCAAAGCGGAGGACAAACAAAAAAUCGAUCACGACGAAAUGAACUGCAAAAAGUCACUGCAAAAUUCCCUCAAUGAUGAAACCACCACCAAGUCUCCGAAAAUCGAUAUAAAAACCGAAAACAACGACAAUUCGAUGAGCGACGCCAAAACCAACGUCACCUCUGACGAAAUAAAACAAGAAACCGAAAUCGUUCCCAUGGAGGUCGACCCCAAGGUCGAAGAGAACGUGAAAAAAGAACAUUCGGAACAUUCCCUCAAAUGCGAAACUCCCAAAAUCGUUGUCAAAUUAAUGGAAGACAAAAUCAUCGAAACCAUGCCCAAUGGCGAUAAAUUUAAUCACAUCAACAAUUCCCAUAACCCCAAAGAAAUUAAUGGCACUUUUAUGACUGCUGAGAAUACAGAGCCCCAUUGGUUCUCGAUUCUCCCUCGCGAGACCUGCGACACGCCUGGGCCGAGUACCAAGCAAAUAUUCGGAAUCGCCGAACCCACGGAACUGCGAAUACCGAUAUUUCCACCGCCCGCGAGUCCGAAUUACGACAGAUGCGACAGUCCAGCUCCGCUCAUUCUCACGCAAGAGGAGGCUGUUCAAUUGGAAUAUUUGAAAAUUCACGGUUUGCCGCCUCCUGGCGAGGCGAAACCGGUCCCAAAAGAUUACCGUCAUGGCUGGUGGAGAAUAACGGACGUCGAUACGUUCCAAGAGUUGCUCGAGCAUUUGCAUUCUCGUGGGGUACGAGAGAAAGAACUGAAGAGAACAACGUGGGCGACGAUGGAGUCAUUUUUGGCGGUUACAGGAAAAAUUCACGUCGAUCCGGGCAACGUCGCGGCUACGGAACUGGCUGCGAUGUCGACGGACGACGCCGAGUCGACAGGCAUCCCGAGCCUCGAUUUGCCCGAAGAUUGGAGCGAGCAAGUUGCUCUCAGAGUCGACGCCCAAUUGCUCGAGCAGGUCGAAGCCCUCGAGGACAAAGUUGCCAACGCGAGCAUGCAAGUCAAAGGAUGGAAAUUGCCACCCAGAGCUGGAACGGAAGAAGCCGAUGAAAUCGAAAAACUCAACGAAAUGGAGCAAGUCAAUGCUGUCGAACAAGCCAGACAGAGGCUACUCUCCCUCGAAGCUGCCAUCGAGAGAAGAUAUCUCAAGCCUCCAUUAGGCAUUUGUACCGGAGAUCCGAAUUUAGCGGCCCUAAAAGCCGAGCAAGCGGCAGCAGCGAACGCGAGUUUAAAUUCGUCCGAUCAAGGGGGAUCCUCUCUGCCACCCCAGGAAGAAACGACACCGCGGGGCUUGAACAAUUGGCGAGAGGCGACUGCCCGCGCUCACACGUCCGCACAACUUGCCAUGGCGCUUUAUAUGCUCGAGGCUAGCAUCGCAUGGGACAAGAGCAUCAUGAAGGCUAAUUGUCAGUUCUGUCAUAGCGGCGACAACGAAGACAAAUUGCUGCUCUGCGACGGUUGCGAUCGCGGUUAUCAUACUUAUUGCUUCCGUCCAAAAAUGGAAAAUAUUCCCGAUGGCGAUUGGUACUGUCACGAGUGCAUGAACAAGGCGACGGGGGAGAGAAACUGCUUGGUCUGCGGUAAAAGGGUCGGAAAAAAUUUGGUUCUGUGCGAACUGUGUCCGAGAGCUUAUCACACGGAUUGUCACAAUCCUGUGAUGCCGAAGAUUCCCCGAGGCAAAUGGUACUGUUCGAAUUGCCACAGUAAGCAACCAAAGAAGCGAAACAGCACGAGGCGCAGUCACAGCAAAGGUGGCGGAGGCGGAAACAGCGGCGGCGGCGGCGGUGGAGCGACAGCAGCAGCUACAGCUGCAGCCGCUGCAGCGGCGACUGGGAACGCGAGUGGCGGAGGAGCGUCAGUUGGGAAUAACGGAAGUGGAAGCGGAGCUGCACCAGGUGGAGGAAGCUCGGGAGGCGCCGGUGGAGGAAGCGGCAACGGCAGCAAUGCCGGUGGAGGCGGAGCGACGAGUGGUGGCGGAUCAGUCACCCGAGAUAGUGAGAGUUCUGAUCAUCCGCCAGCUAGUCCAACGCCGUCGACGGCUUCGAACACGCACGUCGAGGAGGUCAGUUCAUCGGAGCCACCAACGCCGACGGCGUCUCCGAGAAAGGAAGCAUCGGGAGCGAGUGUCGUAGUCGGAAGUACUUCCGGAAGUGGCGCCAGUGGAGGAGGACCCGGGGGAGCCGGGAGCGGGAACAGCAACGCCGGCGCGACCUCGUCUACUGGGACAACGACGAGCGGAAGUGGCAACAGCACUGGAACGGGAAGCACGGCAAGCAGCGCAACUGGAAGUGGCAGUGCGAGUAAAACGUUGACGAAGAAACAGCAGCGGGAACUUGCACCUUGCAAACUUCUCCUGGAACAAUUGGAACAGCAGGACGAAGCAUGGCCAUUCUUGCUGCCCGUCAACACCAAACAGUUCCCAACUUACAAGAAAAUCAUCAAAACUCCGAUGGAUCUCAGUACCAUUAAAAAAAGACUUCAGGACAAUGUGUACAAGACGCGGGACGAGUUCUGCGCUGAUGUCCGGCAAAUGUUCAUAAAUUGCGAGGUCUUCAACGAAGACGACAGUCCGGUUGGCAAAGCCGGCCACGGAAUGAGAAGCUUUUUCGAAAUGCGAUGGACCGAAAUCACAGGAUCGCCCCCGCCCCCGCCCCCGACGCAUAGCUGAGGCUCGGGGAGGUCGCGCAACACUUGCAACAGUUUUGCGCACUUUUAUUACUGAAUCAAAGACUUCUGAGCUCGCCGCCCUCAUUCCGGGCGCGACAGGACUUCCGGUUUUUGCGAUUUAUUUUUAAUCGCAAGUGAAACGAGAGAAAAAAUUAUUCGCGAGAUCGAAAGGGAAACUUCCAGAAUUUGGCCGCGUUCUAGUGGCCCUCGUUAGCAAUGAACGAUUUUCCUUUCCCUUCAUUUCCUUUUUAUUCUCUCAACUCUUUAUUUCGUUCCAUCCUUCAUUGUUCCCCGAUUCGUUCCAAUCUAAACUCUUCUUUCGUAAUCGACACACCUUUUUACGGUCGACGGUACUUAUACAGAAAAUUCUGAGUUUUCUUCCCUCCUCACGAUUCCGGAACCUCGAAUCGUGCUUGUAUUAUAUAGAACUUAAUGUGUAAUAACGUGUAUAAACGAAAAAAGAGAAUUUUCGACGCUCGACGACGAGGGUGCGAAAUUUUGGGAGUUCCGCGAUUGCAUUAAAAGCCAGGGAAGCAGAAAAGCUGUGCAAAACGAUAGAAAAAAAUGUUUUCCUUCAUUCGGUGAUUACAAGAGAACAGAAAAUUUUGUGGCUUCGUCGUCGUCGCCGGAGCUGAGCUUUCGGAUCGGCGCGUUUAAAAGUUACGACGGAAAGGCCUUUUCCGUCGUGAGAAUCCGAAAAGUCGCGCGGAUCCGGCUGAUGGAAAAAAAUCGUUAUGUGUAAAUGUCAGUAUUUUUAAAUUUUGCCCAUUGAGAAAGGGAAAACGGUGGAAAAAACAGAAAUGUGAGAAAAAAAUAAUCGUAAGACUGGAGCGAUGGUGCGGCGAACUGAAGCGUGAGGAAACAACGAUUUUAUCGAAAAUUACACACUCGCAACACACACACACACACACACACACACACACACACACACACACAUGCACACGCAUUGACACGGGAGAGAAAAACGGGAAUGGGAAAGAAAAAAAAGGAUGAAAAAUCCAAAAAUGUACAAAAGUUUGGUCGUCGGAUUUUCGAAAGGCGCGGAAAAAACUCGAAAAUUUCAUCAACUUAACGAUGGGCAUAUAAAUAUGUAAAUAUAAAUGCUUAUUAAUAAAAGUAAAAAAUAAAAAGAAAAUUUGCAAAAAUACACGAAAAGUUUCGGAGAGCGUUGGAAAAACGAGGAUGUUGAAAUUUUUUUAGUUCCUUUGCAAAUUUUCUUUUUUCAUAUCUUAUCUCGACGACAAGAAAAAGGCAUUAGAAAUUCACUAGUGAAAUACAAAGUACGAAUUUAAAAAUGACGAGCCGGAUGUUUGAACUUCUUUCGCGCGCAUUUCGUCCGUUUUUUUGAGAGAAAAAAGAAAUGAAUUAGGUUCGAUGACGAGGGUAUUUUGCGAACGAAAUAUUGAAAAAAUGGCUUCGACAAUAACGGAGAGGAAAAAUGUGUUUGACCAUUUUUGUUUUUGACGACGAGACUCCCCACUGUUCGCAUGAGAGAAACUUUGUUUGGUAAUUUUUGGCGAAUUUUCGUCGAUUCCCGAAAUGCAUGAUUUUGAAGAUCUUCAAUUUGGAAAUUUGUAGAUUUUUUAAAAUCCACGACAAUUUGCUUCGUUUCCGGACAAAUUUCGCCUCCACAAGGACUUUAAAUUCGAGCUAAAUUUUGGCUCUUCGACUGUAGGUCCAAAUUUCAGAUUUUUUAUUGAAGAAGCAAAAAAAUUCCUCGCACCUCGAACGAUAAACUUUCAUUUAAAAAUAUAUGAAACGUGAAUAAUUUGCGCGACGAAUAACGAAGAUAACUGAAAAAGCCACUUCGAACUAGAUCGGAGUAGUGACGAAAUAACCGGACGAAAAACUUUCGAUUAGAAAAGCGUUGCAUGAAAAACACUUCGAACAAGCAAAAAAGGGUGAAGAUAAUUGAAAGAAAAAAACGAAGCAGAGAGAAUGAAAAACAAAGUGGUUCGCAGGGUGCUCAUAAAAAUAGUGAAACGGAUUAUAAAAAAAGCUGAAACUUAGGGAAGAAAAAUGGAGAAAAGGAAGAUUUUUAAAACGCUGGAAAAAACCGAAGCCUAGUGAAAAUAAAGAAAACCGAGUUGAAGCGAUUGAAAGAAGAAAUUGAAUUUCGAGGGCUGAGAACUUGAAUUCGCUGAUAAAUGUAGAUAACGAACGAAUUCGUAUUGGUACGUGUGUGUGUGUGUGUGUAUGCGUGCGUGUGAGUAUCAUCGAAAUUGAUAUUUUUAAAUUAUUUGUUUGAUUAGAAAGAAAAGCAUCACUGUAAGUUUCCUCGAGGAGCGAAAAAGGCUCGAUAAAUAAACUAAGCCCUUAGAAAUACCGAGUUUUGUCAAGUUUGCUUGGAAAACAGAGUGAGAAGCAGCGAAAGUUUCACAGUCGACAAAUAUUUCAUUGUGUUUUUUCCAUAGUCCCUUCGUCGAGGUUUUUUCAACAUUUUUCCAAAUGAAAACACAAACACGGACUCACUUACGACGUUGUGACACUGAACAUUGAGGGAAAACACUUCCGACAUGAUAAAAACAACACGUUACACGUAAAAACCUUUUUGUAAGAGUUUCAAUAUUAUUUCCACAAUGACAGUUACAUUGUUAGUAAGAAUAACGACGCUUUUUAUACGAAUUUUAGUUCUUAAACGUCGAUUUUACGAUUAUAUAUAUAUAGAAGGAAAUAAUAAUAAUAAUAAUAAUAAUAAUAACAAUAAUAAUAAUGAUGAAUCAUUCAUGAAAAAAAACCGAAUGAAUGAAAAUAAGAAUAAUACUGAUUAUUAUAAUAAUAGGAAUAUUGCGAUUAUUAUUGAUAAUUGAUAUCGAAAACGCUACGAAGAAAAAAAAAUGACAAACAACACAUUCAAUUACGACACUCGCGACACUCUAACCCCACAAAAAGAAAGCACGAAAUAUUGAGCGUGGGAAUUACGAGAGGAUUAAAUCAUUAUUAUUAUACAAAACGAAUAGAGCGAAAGUGUGUGGAUUCAGUUUAGUCUUAAAUAAUAAUAAUGACUAUUAUUAUUAUUAAUAAAUAAAUAAAAACACACACACACAACAUGAUCGUCUAUUGUAAUAAUCGGAGGGAAUUGCGAUAGGUCGAACCCUCGAGAAAAAAAAAACGAAAAACAACAAAAAAAAAACAAUGCUAUUUAAACCCAGACUUAAUUAAUGUAUCGCAAAUGAAUCAAUAAAGUGUAAGCGAAGCGUGUAAACAGAAAGUAA